UUCGGGAAAUUCCUUUAAAAAAGUUGUUUGAUUGAAACUGUGACGGAAUUUUAUUUUAUCACAAUAACUUCAACUUUCAUUUUAAAAUCAUCACAAACUCCUUGACCUGACUUUUCUUUGCUGGUCUAUCGUGAUUAAAAAAAUUGUUCCAGAAUGGGACAGCACUGGGGUGAACUAGCGAAAAUUCGCCGAGUUGUUCAUUUUCGAAUAUCUCCUUAUGAGCAAAAAAUUUUUGCUGGUUUCUUUUCUAAAGGAAUUCCAAAUUUGGCCCGAAGAUUUCGGAGCCAAGUUUUUUACGUAGCUCCACCUUUUAUUAUGGGUUACUUGAUUUAUGAUUGGGCUAAUAAAUACCAUGCUGAACUUCAAAGGAAAAAUCCCAAAGACUAUGAAAAUGAUGUAUAAAUGUAAAAUUAUUGUUUCUUUUCAAUUUAAAUUUUUUUUUUUUUAUUAGAGAUGGAAUAAAAAUGUAAAGAGCAA